GACUUUCUGUCCCCGCCUGUCACAGGCUGAACAUCGGGUGCUGACAACUUCUCUUGGCAGCGUGAGGGAGAACUCCCAGGUGGGCUUGCCGAGCUCGGCCAUCAGCCCCCGGCCCCGCCCUCGGGAGAGGAAAAUGAAAAGCCCCCUGGUGCUGACGGUGCUGCUGUCCUUAGCGGCGGCCAAGCUGUGUCACACCUACUGCGAAGGGACCCAGGAGCAGCAGACGAGCAGAGGGAUCCAGACGAAGCCGAGCUCAGACCCCUACAAGCUGCCCACGGCCCUGCUCAGGAGACUCUACGACGGCCACCGGGUCUCCUACGAGGCGCUGCUGCAGCUGGCGGGCAAGGACGAUGCCCGUCCCAAGAUGCCCGUCCCCUCUCAGAAACGGGACAUGCACGACUUCUUUGUCGGCCUCAUGGGGAAAAGGACCCCGGAGCCCGACGACCCCACAGACGGGAACAAGGAGACUUCCGCUGGCUUUGGCGACCUCAAAUAUCCCCCAAAUGCAGAAUGAGGUGCCCACGCCGGGGACGAGCAAAGUGUCUGCAGCGCCUCGAGACACUGAGACGAAGCCACUCUCCAAAGCCCGCCGCGCUCUCAACUGAACGGGAACCCUCCUGCCGUGUCGUGGAGAACUCUCCCC